AUGUGUCCAAGUGCUGCCAACGCUCAUAUGUCUCAGUUAAUACGAUUCGUGACACUGUCUACCUUGACGGAGGAUCACUGUGGUGGAAGCGGGAACAGUGACGGGCUCCUCUACUACUUCAAUCUCGGCACAUCGUUCGAUACAACAACCUCAAACCUGACUGCAUUGUUCGGCAACAUAUCGAAAGCAGGAGGAAUCGCAAACAAUAUUGCCCCGACCUACCGCGAUGGAGUGAUGUUCACGAACGACAACGAGCUAUAUCUUUAUGGGUACUUUGACCCUCUCUUCACCAAUUCCCGGCUGACCAUACGUAGUGGCCUUCUCCGUCUCACAGACAGUCAAGACCCCCCAGCUGGCAACACCGUUCUCGGCUACGAACGAUACCAGUAUGGCCCUGAUCGAGAAUCCUGGCAACCCGGCUUCAUCAUCGACAAUCUCGACACCGGCGUGACCCGAUACGUGACGAAUGGCGCCGGAGUCACUGCACCGAGCGAAAACCUCGGGUUCUAUUUCAGCGGUAUGCGGGGGAAGGACUGGGGGCCUAUCUACGCUGAUGACAAAUCGGCCAACGUUACGUCCGACCACAUGAUCAAGGUGGAUAUGUCCAGUAUGCGCGAGAACAAGUGGUCUAAUCUGUCGUUACCGACGUAUGUACCUGCGCGCGCUAAUGGUGAGCUCGUUUGGGUUCCUGUCGCUGAGUCCGGUGUCUUGGUGGCGAUUGGGGGAGUGAUUAAUCCAGCCACGAUCUUUUCGUCGGACGGAUUGACGAGGGCCCAGCAGAAUGCGAGCGAGAGUGUAAGCCCGGGGUUCAUGGAGACAGUGUCUGUUUACGAUGUCAGCGGCGAUAAAUGGUAUCUGCAAGACACCACCGGGGAUAUCCCUCCUCAGUUGACGCAGUUCUGCUCGGUUUAUGCGAGUGCACAAGACGGAUCCUCACAUAACAUCUAUAUCUAUGGCGGCUACGACGGGCUAAGCAUGGAGAACACACCGUCCGACGAUGUCUACGUCCUUUCUUUGCCCUCCUUCAGCUGGAUCAAGCUUUACAGCGGGAAUAAUACCCAUGGCCGGAGUGGUCACCAUUGUGUCAAACCAUAUCCGGACCAAAUGCUUGUUCUCGGAGGAGUGCAUCUUGACCCUACGCAUUGCCUUGAUGGUGGAGUGAUCCAAGUGUUCAACCUGAAUACCGGCAGGUUCCAAAACACCUAUAGCCCGAACAUCUGGAGCGAGUACAGAAUACCAGACUUGGUCACUGCCGUCAUCGGGGGAGACUCCAAAGGCGGCGCCACAAAAGUAUCACCUACUUCCUGGACCAAUUCCUCUCUGGCAGAUGUGUUCAAAACCAAGUACAACAAGACCAUUAGUACCUGGUAUCCCUACAACAGCACUAUCAGCAGCUCACCCACCAUUGCCCCCGUCCCAGACAAAGGGUCCAACUUCCCCAAGUGGGCCGGCGCCAUCAUCGGCGUUAUUCUAGGGCUCCUUCUCAUUACAGCAGCAGUUAUAUUCUGGUGUCUCCGUCGCCGUCGCAAGCUCCGAGAGUCACAAUCCACAAGCGAGCAAUCAGCCCGAUCCUGGAUUCUGCGGUGGAUGCACAGCGGCGGGUCGACGACUGGCGUGCCGAAAUCCGGCGACACGACGGCCUCGACAGGGUACAGUGCAUUUGCGAAUGACUCAACUAUCACGCCGGCAACAGCUGUGUCACCGCGGAGCGUGGAGGCAGGUGGCGAUCCCGUUUAUGAGAUGCUAGGUCAUACUACGGCACUCCCCGUGGAACUUCCCACACCGUACAACAAUAAUCCUCUCCCCAGUCCGGUUUCGACCUCAGGCGUCUCGGGGACGGACUAUGUAUCCCCUGUCACAGUUAGCACGCCCAGUACAGAGGGUGAACCGAGCCCGGUUAGACCGCCUCAUCAUCGCCAUAUGUCUAGUUUGACUAGUGUGCCGACUAUAGCGAAUGUGAUGCGCGAGGAGAGUAGCCAACGGCAGACAUAUAGGUCGGAUAUAUCGGAAGGAAGCGUUGAGCUUGGGUGUCCAAGGGCUGUGGAGCUGAGUGGUAGCACUCCUCAGGAAGGGAGAUUGGCGACAACAAGAGAGGUUGAUGAGCUUGAGGGCUUGGGAAUAAAGGAAUUGCCGUAG